AUGUCUCUUAUCCACGCACUCGUAGCCCGCGGCCCCGAAGUCCUCGCCGAGCACCACGCCGGCAUACGCGACUUCUCCCAAGCAACCCAAACAAUCCUCUCCAAGAUCCCCCAAGGACCCGGUAAACUCACCUACGCAUGGGAACAAUACCUCUUUCACUACGUCUCCGAUGGUACACUCAUCUUCCUCGUCAUGGCAGAUGACGCAGCAGGCCGCCGCAUGCCUUUCGCCUUCCUCUACGAGCUCGAACGUCAGUUCGCCGAGUCCCCCACAGCGUCCACACAGGAUUUGUCCUCCGUCCCCUCUCACGGCCUCCAACAGUCUUUCGGCCCGAGACUCGCAGCACUCGUAGACGAGUUCAACACCGCCCCUCCAACAGACGAGAUCACCCGUGCAAAAGGUGAACUCGCACAAGUGAAAGACAUCAUGGUCCAAAACGUCGAGCAGAUCCUAAGCCGUGGAGAACGAAUCGAGCUUCUAGUAGACAAGACGGACAACAUGGCGAGCCAGGCAACGGCAUUCCGUCGAGGUGCACGGACAGUCAGACGUCAGCAAUUCUGGCGGAACCAGAAGAUCAUGAUCCUCAGCGUGGCGGUCGCUCUCGUUAUUAUAUGGGUGAUUGCCGCCCAGUUCUGCGGGGCAGGACUGAACCAAUGCGGAGCCAAGAACAACGACUCGUAA